CCCCGGGAGAAGGGGAUCAGCCUCAUUGAGGGUGCUGCUGAGAAUGAGAACACUCUGUGCCCCAGACAAAGGAAUGCCAAGGUGGAAGAUCUCUGGAGUCUGACCAACUUCUUUGGUUUUGCCACCGAGACAUUUGUUUUGGCUGUCAACAUCCUGGACAGGUUCUUGGCCCUUAUGAAGGUGAAGCCCAAGCACCUGUCCUGUAUUGGAGUGUGCUGCAUCCAGCUGGCUGCCCGUGUGGUGGAGGAGGAGUGCAACAUCCCCUCUGCCCACGAGAUCAUCCGCAUCAGCCAAUGUAAAUGCACUGUGUCCGACCUGAAACGGAUGGAAAAGAUCAUUUCAGACAAGCUGCACUUUGAAUUCAGAGCUACUACUGCCUUAACCUUCUUGCACUUGUAUCACACUAUUGUCCUCUGCCAUACCUCAGAAAGGAAAGAAGUGUUGAACCUGGACAAAUUGGAAGCACAGCUGAAAGCUUGCAACUGCCGUCUAGUCUUCUCUAAAGCUAAACCAUCUGUGUUGGCCUUGUGCCUUCUCACUCUGGAAGUUCAGACGCUGAAAUCUGUGGAGCUGUUGGAGAUCCUUCUGCGUGUUCAGAAGCAUUCGAAGAUAAGUGAUAGUGACCUCCUUUACUGGAGGGAACUGGUCUCCAAAUGCCUGGCAGAUUACUCCUCCCCCGAGUGCUGCAAGCCUGAUCACACCAAGCUGGUUUGGAUCGUUUCGAGACGUACAGCCCAGAACCUGCAGAACAGCUACUACAGUGUUCCUGAGCUGCCAACCAUCCCAGAGGGGGGAUGCUUCAACGGCAGCGAGAGUGAAGACUCCUGUGAAGACAUGAGCAGCGGAGAAGAAAGCCUUAGCAGCUCUCCUCCAAGUGAUCUGGAAGGCACCUUCUUCUUUGACCUCAAACCCAAACCCAAGUGGCAAACUCUCACCUGUUGCCCCCAGCACUGAGUCUGCAUUGUGUUAGGUUGAGGCUUCUGAUAGACCAUAGAGUCUUUUGGCAAUAAUAAAUGAGGUGGUGAUCUGUAAACUGUAUUGAGGCAAGAAUUGCUGUGGUAUAUCAAUGCUUUCAAUGCCUGCCUUGGUUGGUUUGUUGUCAUUUUAAGGAAUUUUAAACAAAAACUACUUUUCAGGUCCCCAGAGCAGCAAAAAAA